GGGACAAAAUGUGCCUAACUGUGUGUUUGGCACAAGUUUCCGCAGUGGGCCUAUGGAGUGGUCUGAACAGCACGACGUAGCACUAAUGAAAGAAGUCAGAGUGCAGAAUCCGUUUAAAGCAAAGAAGAAAACGAGCAACCGAGCGCAAAUAUGGCUGUCGAUCGCAGAGGCGCUAAGUGGAUUACAAGAUCCGUUAUUCAAGGAUUCAAUGACAAAAGGAUCAGUGCAAGAUCAUCGGUACGUUUUGUUGGCAGAGAAGUAUCGAAUGAGAAUGAAGAGGGAAGCAAAAGCAAGUGGAAUAAGCCCAUCUUUGUCAGAACUUGAUCAACUAAUAGAAGAGUGUCUCGAAGUAGAAAAAUUCGAGGAGGACCUCCGACAGAAAGAUGGUGAAAGUGCCUCUUCAAAAUCAGAGAAGGACAGGGAAAGUGCUUUGGAAAUGAGAAGAAUUGCCAUGGAAACAUUUGGAGAAAGCAAGAAAAUGAAAAGAGAAGAAGACGAGGGGGAAAAUAGCAAACUUUUAAAGAAGAAAAAAAGCAGAAAUUCAGGCAAUGACACCAUAGAGUAUUUUCGAGAAAAAUAUACUCAGGAAAUGAGCCUCCGAGAGAAAUAGUUGCUGAUGAAGGAAAAACAGCAAGAAUUAGAGAAGCAAAGAUAUGAAAGUAUGAUGCAGUUGACUCAGCAACAACAGCAGCAACAGCUUCAACAACAGCAACAGCAGCAGCAACAACAACAAAAUUUUAAAGUAAUGAUGCAGCAGCAAAGUCAGCUUAUGAUGGGUAUGCUUCAGCAAGAGAACAAAUGAAAAGAGUCAUAAAUUACCACCUUUCAGUUUACUCUUACUGAUUAAUUUCUUGGAAGAAAUUUGCUUUUUCACUCACUACUUGGCUCGAGGUAAACUUGGCAAUAUUGUGUUAAACUUGUCAAUGAGCUUGGGAGGCAGUAAAGCAGUUUUCGAAGUCUCUAAUCUAAUUUUAAUAACUGCUUCCUUCCUAAAGUUAUACAUGUUUCAGGUUUAUUUUCAUUGCUAUUUUACAUCAAAAGUUGAACAAUCAAAAGGCAAUGAACAGUAUAACUUUACAGUCUUGCAGAUAGAAUUUAAGCAAUUAUUGGAUGCUAAUGUACAGAGUAUAAUUAUAUUAAUUAGAGUUGUACGAAUGAACUUUUCAAGACAACAAUAAAUUCUUCAUGUCAUGUACUGCUGCUUUAA